UAUGUGCAGUCACAUAUCCACAUCUUCUACUCUUUGUGUUUUCCUUUCCUCUCGGAGACCAAGUAAACCUCCCCUAAACCCCAUUUCUUCUUCCUCCAAUUCCUUUCACAUUCUUAUGUUAUUAAUUCCCUUCUAACCCAUUCCAAGAUGCAAAUUUCUAUCCCCAUUUCGCCUCUCAGACCUCCUCAAGUUUUCCCAUUUCAUCAACCUGUUUUACACACACCCAAACCUCAGGGAGUUGCUCUCCAUAGUCAUCUGAAUCCUGUAAAUUCCUUCAGAGAUUCCGGUCUUUUAUCUACAAUCGGCGUCGAAGAAGAGUACCGGAGAGCACGGUCACAGGUUAAUCGAAAAGGGGUCGAUUUAGAAGGGUAUUCCGUCGAGGGAAUCUCAGUUGGUGGGCAAGAAACUUGUGUUAUCAUUCCGGAAUUCAAGUGUGCAUUUGAUAUUGGGAGGUGCCCAUCUCGAGCAAUUCAGCAAAACUUUGUAUUUAUCACUCACGCCCACCUUGAUCACAUUGGUGGGCUACCAAUGUAUGUAGCUAGUCGUGGUUUAUAUAGUUUAAGUCCUCCUACAGUAUUUUUGCCUGCUUGUAUUAAAGAAGAUGUGGAAAAACUACUUGAGAUUCACAGGACCAUGGGCCAGGUGGAGUUGGACGUUGAUUUGGUUGCACUAGAUGUGGGAGAAACAUAUGAAAUGCGUAAUAAUCUUGUCUGCAGAGCAUUUGAAACUCAGCAUGUGAUACCAAGCCAGGGUUAUGUCAUUUAUUCAGUUAGAAAGAAAUUGAAGAAGCAAUACAUGCAUCUAAAGGGGAAACAGAUCGAGAAGCUAAAGAAAUCUGGAGUUGAGAUUACAGACACCAUAUUGUCUCCGGAGGUGGCCUUCACAGGUGAUACAACAUCAGAUUUUAUGCUUGAUCCCCGUAAUGCUGAUGCAUUGAGGGCAAAAGUUCUUAUAACUGAGGCAACUUUUCUGGAUGAAGCUGUUAGCAUAGAACAUGCACGGCAACAUGGUCAUACUCACAUAUUUGAGAUCAUUGAAAAUGCACAGUGGAUUCGAAAUAAGGCUAUUCUUCUAACUCAUUUUUCAUCUCGAUACCAUAUAGAGGUGAAACUUAUUUUAAUGAAGUUUAUUUUGUGUUGCAUUCUCAUGAAUCAUGAUGAUAAGUCUCUAACGUGCAUUAGUUCACUUCACGACUGUGGACUUCGUACUGGAUUUAUUGUAUGCACUCGCUAUCAGGCAUGCCCACGCUCAAUCUUAUAUGCUUGUUUGAUUGAUUAGCUGGAUAGUCAGUUUCCUCUCUCAAAAUAAAACACAAUUGAAAUCUACCAUUUUAGCUUUCAAGAGGUCAUAGUUGGAACCUAAAAAGAACAUUCAUAUACACGCAUGUGAGAUGGUGACAUGCUUUUUUCUAGAAAAGUAGGACACCACAUUUGGGGACACGUUGAUUUUUUUUAAAUAUAUAUGUAUGUGUAUAGUUUGACAUAUUAUCAGAUUCUAAUACUUUUUAAAAGUAUUCAAGAUUAUCCGACAUUGCUUUUAAUCUUUGAGCUGAGUCCUAAUAGUAUUAUUGUCAUAUGUCAGCAAAUCACAGACGAGUAAAUGUUUUUUGCAUUGCAGGACAUCCGUAAAGCAGUAUCAAAGCUGCAGGCGAACGUGACGGCAAAAGUGGUUCCUCUCACUGAAGGAUUCAAGUCAAUGUAUUAGUAUAGGAUAUGGAUCGAUGGUUACAAAGUGUAAUUAUUUAGCAUCAAAACAGAGAAACAGGAACAUAGGUAAUUAUUUCUCUGUAAAUUUAUUGUUGGUUUCUUUA